AUUAUUGAAUAUUGAAAACUGUGUAAUACAAUUAGAUCGCUACUGCUGGUGCUCGCGUUCUUGUGGGAUAGGGUUUUAUUUCAUACUGAGGUGUAAGUCAUUGAUAGUUCAAUAUGUGGAAGCAAUUUAAUGCUUCGUUCUAAAAAUUAUUGUUCGUACGCUCGGUUUACAAGUUGAUUAGUGUGUAAAGAACUUAAGAUCUGGAUUGUGGUCCAGGUUUUCACUUACUUAAAUAUGGAUAGGCAGAUUAUUAGAAGUCGUAUAUGACUGAUGUGAGUUAUCAUUAUUCAGUUGGCUCACUUAAUGGCUUGUUUGAUGUUUAAAACCCCAGAUUAUUUCAAAAAGUAUGUAUUAUUAAUAAAAAAAACGAGUGAAGAAAUAUUUUACUCAUUGUUAUUUUAUAGUCUUCGCCAAUACCUGGUAAACAGUGCAUGGUUAUAUACACAUGUAUAGCUGGAAUUUAUUUUUCUUGAAGCUAAUUAAACAUAGCCUAAAAUAAAUGUUUCAAUUGUUAUCUAGUCUACCUCCACAUGUGUAUAGUGCUAAAUUCAAUGUCGCUCCGGUUUUGCGAUACCAGAGAACAUACGACUGAUUUUCCAUUCUGAGUCUACAUUCGCGUAAAAUAACCUCCUACUCAUAUGAGGUCAACACAAAAUUAUAUGCUCUUGUUCCGAAUUUCUCCUAUGUUCGCCUUUAUCUUUAUUAUAAAACAAACUCUUCGACACAGUGGACUGGAUUUACGAAAGUUAGACAUGCUAACAGAUAUUUACAAACAAGGAGAUUAAUAACAGUCGGAUGCUCAUCACAUUUUCGUUGUACGUGAACUAGAGCAUAUAAUUUUGUGUUGACCUCAUAUGAGUAGGAGGUUAUUUUACGCAAAUUUAGACUUGGAGUAGCCAAUUCAUCGUAAAUUUAUUAACAUUUCCAAUGUAAAGAGAUGGCAACAGAAGUUUCACUAUUUCCGCAUGUUAGUUGACAAAAGAGAUACUUUGGUGCAUUAUCCUCUUGUCCCACCCCAUUCCGUAAAAGAUUUUCCUCCCAGCUUUUGAUUUCCUCUUUAGAAUAUGUUGAUCUUCUGUCUCUUGGAGUGCCUUUGAUUUUCAAAGGAACAUUUAAAUAUUGGGUAGUAAUUGCCCUGUCAUUUAAAGAGCCUACUCUUCGUUAGUUGCCCUAAUUUUUUUGUCACGAUUCUUUAGUCAAUUUUAUGGUUUAGUACCUCUGUAAACUUCUUCCAUGGAUAGUAAAAAAUUGGAAAUUCGGUCCUCUUAUAUAUUGAUAUUAAACUUUACAAACGUAGUGUUAAACUGUGUCCAGAUUAAAAACUGUAUCUACUAGUAAUAACCAUAAUAUUGUAACGUCUAAAUUGACCUGCUGUUGAAAUGCACUCUACAAACGUCCUACUUCAAUUAGCACCAGUGCCAUAGUGCAAUAUGUUCAGGUAUGCACAUUUUUCCAUAUUUCGCCCAUGACCUUAGUGCGAGUUUAAUUUUAAUCAACCUGAGUUACCACCCGGUGGUUAGUUGAUUACCUAAAUUACCGACCACCACUGCCUCGUGUACAAUUGUAACAGAUGUCUAGCUGUUUUAUCGGAAAUCUUCAACGGAUCAAAACCCCAGUAUUAGUUUUCUAAAUUGACCAGAACAAAUUUUUAAUUACGUGUUGUAACAAAACCUGGUAAAAAUUCGAAAUCUUUGGUUCUAAAUUCAGUGUACACAUGCACUCUCAUCAGUAAAAGUCAAAUCAUGUUUGCUUGCCGCGAAAGUAACAUCGUUAGGUCUAUCUCAUUAAUAAGAAGGUACGCUGGUUCAUACUAUUCAAGAUCUUUUACGACGAAAUCAGAUGGAAAUGACUCAUCAGAAAACUGCGUUGUUUCUGAUUUUCCACUGCUUACUGAGGCCGUAAAUACUAAGAAUUUAGAAUUGGUAUCGAAAAUAAUUAUGGAACAGGAUCCUUUUGAAGUUAAACGCAUACGAAUUCCUAGCCAAAAUUCAAAAAUUUCUCCCAAUCUUAUUGCUUCACAGUCUCAGAGGCGAACGAUUGGAUGCAUCUGUGAACCAGAAGCGGACGCCAUCAAUUGGCUAGAAUUAGAAAAAGGUGAUCCAGUUCAAUGUUAUUGUGGUUACUGGUUCCAAUUAGUUAAUUAUGAAGACUAUUUUAACAUGACUAAUCAAUAAAAUUGUCCAUAGAAUUGUUUUUACUUAUUAAUUAAAUGUUACCAUCUUC